AUGGAUCAGAAAUCUUGUCACAGAUGCAAGAAGACGUUUAAAGAUAUUAGAAAACUCAACAGUCAUCUAAGGAGGGACAAAAUAAAGAGUAGUGGCAGGUAUCGUUGCCUAACAUGCAAGAAAAACUUUGUACAGAAAUCGGCUUUAGACAACCACAGAAAGAUUCAUAUGCAGGUGAAGCCCCAUAUAUGUACUACGUGCAAUAGAAGGUUUUCCGAUCCUUCCACAUUAAAGAAGCACGAAAGGAUUCAUACACGAGAGAAACCUUACAAGUGCACUAGCUGCAACAGAGGUUUCUCUCAAAGCGGAAACAUGUUAAGACAUAUGAGAAAAUUGGCGAGAGUUCAAGAAGAUAAUGAAGUUACGUACGGCAUCUACGAAAUCAAUACAGUAUUAAAGGACUUUUACGAUAAAGUAUUUUAUCGCUCAACGAAAAGUACUUUGACUUUACUGUGA